GGCUGCAGUCGACCUCUGGACCGUGGAGGAGAACCUUUCUGAUGGGUUAUGACUUAUUAGUUCUGUAUUAUGAUUGUCAUCCUCGCUGUGGACGGACGUGUUUUAAAUGCUUGAUCCUUUUCUUAUUCGCUGCUGGAUAUCUGCUGACAGAGAAGGAGGUUGGAACAAGGAGCGUCCUGAAGAAAGCCUGAGACGAUCUUUGCCCUACAACCACCUCGGGAUGUUAAACAUCAAACAGACUCAGUUUAUCAUUGGCCAGGUUUUAGAUAUGUGGGUGAAGGGUGAAUGUGUGGAGGGCAUCUGCUGCUGUGAGCGUUCAGGUCCCACAGGAACAUGCACAGAAAAAUUUAACGAGCCAAACGUCAAUAUAACUGGUUCAUAGUUCCAGUCUGGGUGAGAUGUUACUGUCGUUUAUCCAGGAACCUCUGUACAGACAUCACUGGCCAUAAAUCCCCAUUAAACUGUUGAUAAGAGAAAUGUUAUCUCAUAUGAUCAGAAAGGUUUACUAAUUAAUGCAUGUGAACUUUUCCUUUCUCGCGUCACUGUGGGCCGGGCGGUUUCCCUGCAGCUAUAAAGCUUCCCUCCUACUCACCACACACACCUGCACCCAAACACAGCAGAGGAGGAAACUCAUGGUGUGAGGCGAUGGGGCUGUUCAAUGCUUUUCUUCAGUCCUACAGCUCUGUCUCCCUGUUGGGGGCUCUGCUGGUCCUGGUCCUGAUCUACCUGGUUUCCAACUUCGGCUCCCAGGAGGACAAGGAUCCUCCAGGACCAAGACCACUUCCUCUGCUGGGGAACCUGCUGCAGGUGGACCUCAAGAGACCCUACUACUCCUUACUGAAGCUUUCCAAGAAAUAUGGAUCAGUGUUCACCAUCUACUUUGGAUCCAAGAAAGUGGUGGUUCUGGCCGGAUACAAGACGGUGAAGGAGGCGCUUGUCCACCAUGCCGAUGAGUUUGGAGACAGAGACCCGAUGUUAAUCUUACAGGAUACGAAUGAAGGACACGGGGUGCUAUGGUCCAACGGGGAUUCGUGGAAAGAAAUGCGUCGCUUUGCUCUGACGAACCUGAGAGACUUCGGAAUGGGCAAGAGGGCAAAUGAGAGCAAAAUCAUCGAGGAAUGCGAUUACCUCAUCGACGUGUUUAAAAAAUUUAAAGGAAAAGCUUUCGACAUGACCCAACCGAUGAACUAUGCAGUCUCUAACAUUAUCUGCUCCAUGGUGUACGGCAGCAGGUUUGAGUACGAUGACCCAGAGUUUACGUCUAUGGUCGAUCGAGCUAACAAAAGCGUUCAACUCGCGGGAUCUCCAUCCAUACAGAUCUACAACAUGUACCCAUGGUUUGGUAAAUUUAUCUCUAAAAGGAAGGAAUUCUUAAGGUUUUAUGAUGCUAACAAGAAACAGAACAUAGAGAUGUUCAAAAAUCUGAAGAAGACCCUCAAUCCCCAGAUGUGCAGAGGGUUCGUGGACGCCUUCCUGGUCCGAAAGCAAAACCUGGAGGAAUCUGGGGUUUCCAACAAUCACUAUCACGACAACAACCUUCUGAGCACGGUUAAUAAUCUCUUUGUUGCUGGAACAGACACAACAGCAACAACCCUGAGAUGGGGACUCAUGCUGAUGGCCAAGUAUCCAAAAAUACAAGACCAGGUCCAGGAGGAGCUGAGCAGGGUGAUCGGAAGUCGUCAGGUGCAGGUUGAAGACAGGAAGAACCUGCCCUUCCUCGACGCCGUCAUCCAUGAGACGCAGAGACUGGCCAACAUCGUCCCGAUGGCUCUGCCUCACAAGACGAGCCAGGACGUCACCUUCCAGGGUCACUUCAUCAAGAAGGGGACCACCGUGUACCCUCUGUUGACAUCUGUCCUGUACGAUGAGAACGAGUGGGAGAAACCUCACUCCUUCCAUCCCGCCCACUUCCUGGACAAAGAGGGAAAGUUUGUCAAGCGAGACGCCUUCAUGCCUUUUUCUGCAGGUCGCAGGGUUUGUCUCGGAGAGAGUCUGGCCAGGAUGGAGCUCUUCCUCUUCUUCGUCACCCUCCUGCAGCACUUCCGUUUCACCCCAGCUCCGGGAGUUUCAGAGGACGACCUGGAUCUGACGCCUCGAGUGGGAUUAACCCUCAACCCUUCCCCCCAUGAGCUGUGUGCUGUUCCCUGUAUGUGAAUCCUGGCUCCACAAGCCCUAACCCUAACCAUAUUUCAUCUUGUAAAAUAAAAUGUAAGUGAUAAGCAUGAA